AUGGAUAAGGCAGACUCGGACUUUUUGCAUCAACUCUUCCGAGAAAAUAAUGAACUGCGUGCGAAGUUCAAUGCACUGCAGCGAGAGCUGUACAAUAAAGCUGUGCAGAAUGAGACCAUGGAGGAUGAAAUCCGACAGCUCAAAUUGCGGCUAGAAGAAGGAAAGACUACACCAUCCCGACCAACGACUCAAGGUGGCCACGUACGAAAAGGGGCGAGGAUCACCAACGACUCGGUAGCAUCCCCAUCCACACCGAAUGCAGCAAAAGAUCUUUCCGAAGCGCUUUUUACAUUAGAGCGCAAGUCAGCGGAGCUGAAACAAGUGCGGGAGGACUUGGCUAAAACCCAGAGCAUGUACGAAGAAGAAGUUGCCAAAACGGAGGAUCUUAAACGUCAGAUGACGGACGUCCAGGAAGAGUUGCACGAUCUGCGGCAGUUCCGUGCCACGGCACUGAAAGACGCAGAAAAUGCCGCAAAGAAAGAGGUCCAAGUUGCAGUCCCUGACGACAUCAUGGACCUACAAGAAAAACUCGAAGACGCGAAUGCAACCAUUCAACAGCAGAAGCGGCAAAUCAUGGACAUUGCAGCGGACGCCAACCGACGACAUAAUGAGCAGCAAAACCAAUUGCAAGGAGUUGAAGCGCUCAUUGAAGGCAUUCGAAGAGAAUACGAUGAAUUCAUCGAAGUGACAAAACUCGAGAACGAGUCGUACCAGAAAAUGCAGCAAGAAGAAUACGAAAGACUGCGUGACGAAUAUGAGAACCAUAAACGAGAGCAGUUUGAAGACAAGAAGCGCCUGAUGACAGAGUACCAGGGUCUUUUGUAUUCAAUGCAAGGGCAAUUCGAUGAAUAUCGGAUGACCGCUGAAUUCCUGUUCAAUGCCGAGGUUGCCAAGCUGGAGGAUGAGCUGUCAUCCCAGGCAGCCAGAUAUGAACAAGAAAUCAUGUACGUUAUCCAAGCCAAGGACAAGUUCUACGCGGACAUGAUGGUGGCAAAAGAUGCGAAGAUUAUGAACCUUAUUGAAGGGUCCGACCUCCAGAAUCUAAUGCAGAAGCAUGAGAUGGACAUGGAAAACAUACGUAAAGAGCAUGCCCGGGAAAUUGAGCGUGUCAAAUCCGACCAAGAGAGCGAACAGAAACAUUUAGUUUCGCUCCUGCAACGUCAAAAUGUCUCACUUGAAUCCAAAUGUGACAAACUUCAAGCACACCUCAAAUCGCUGGAAACGCGCAUUAAAGAUCUAAUGGCCACGAUUGAAGUGAAAAACAAGAUGAUUGCGGAUAGGGAAGAAGCGCGGCUGCGGGCAGAGACAGAUAAUCAGAGAAAAUUGGAUGAUAUGACUGCGAGAAUCAAUGUGCUGGCCCAGGAGAAGGAGCAUUUGAGGCACAAGGUCAUUCGAUUGGCUCUGGAUGCCAAGGGAGAGGGACAUAAUUCCAUUGAAAAUAUGUUGAAACGAAUCUCAAGGGAAACCAAUGAACUUCGCUUUGACUACGAAGGAAUGAGUGUCAAGUACGACUCUAUGCUAAGCGAAAAUCAAUUGCUCAGUAAACGCUUGAAGGAAAGAGAGAAGUUUGUAGACUUCCUGGAGAAAGAAGUAGCCCGAAGGACGGAGGAAUUCCAAAAUAUGACCCGGACGUUUGAAGAUUUCCUUGCCGCUAGAGCACGGCAGUCACGACGGGAUCGAGCGAAGCGAUUGAUGAAGCUACAUGGAGUCACACUCGACGAUGAAGGCGCCUGGACAAAGAGUCAGCAGGAAGGCGUGCCCCCAGGGUAUAUGGAUGCCAAAGGACUGCUUAAAGCACGGGUUCCAGAGAAAGAGGGAGCAAGCCUAAGCGCCCUCCACAUACCGCCAGAGGUUGAAAAGGAGACAAGAAAAGCCGAGCUGGAAAGAGGUUAUGCGUAUCUACGUCGUUUCAAAACCCUUUCCCGCGCCUUUGCCACCGGUGAUUUCCGCAUUAUUCCCAAUGGAGAGCCUACAACCUCUACAGAAGGUAUGCCUGGAACAUGGCAAAAGACGGCAUUGUACGCCAAACUCGAAGACGCAAAUGUCACUCUUGCUCGGCUUUAUAAAGAGCCUCCACGAGAAGAAGUUACCAAACAACUGCCGCAUCCAAAGCCGUUAGUGUAUAUACCUGAAGGGGACCCGACUGCUGUUGCCAGACUUAAUGGAUUAAAGAUAUUCUCCAAAUAUUUGGAGGACAUGGUCAAGAACAAGGUACGAAGGAACAUCAAUGUCGAAAAUAGGGCGUUCUCCAGUUGGAUCGGAUACAAUGAGCACAGCUCUUUCAUCUUUAGCCAGCUUGGCUACAUGUACGAUUCUAUCACUAGACACUUUAUACCACAAGAGCUACCCGAGGGUGACAAUAGACUUCAGUUUGCAUACCAAGAAGUUCAGUUUCAAAGAUGGAAAAAAGAAGGACCUCCAGGUUCCAAUGACGACUGGCUAAAUUUCACCUGUGCUACUGUCUCGAUAUGCUCUCUUAUCGGUAGUAAAUUUCAAGCAGACGCAGGGUCCGACAUAGUGGCGCGACUGAAAAGCCUUAAUGCGGAUUCAAAUGGAGACCUUACGAAACAUCAUCAAACUUUGGGUCUUACUAGGGACGCAACCGAUACCAGCAUAAAGAAUAUACAAUGGAUGUAUUCAAUCCUGCAAAGGGAGGACCCAAAAGGGUUACCCACAUAUCUGCAUGCGGUGGCCGAAAUUGCACAGGCACGAAAUAGUAACGAUUUACAAGAACUCGUUGUUGUGGAGAGGUCUAAAGGCAUACCUUAUGAAGCUGAGGUUCAAGCCGCGUAUGCGAUGUUCGGAUUGGUGAAAGAUGCUUCGGAUGACAUGGUGAUAAUUGCGUAUGCACGCUCUGCUACUAAUCAACUCCAGAAAGAACGAGAACUUAAGGAGGCACUCAAAAGCAUUGCCAUCGCCCGGGACAGUUCUGUGCUUCAGCAUUUCUUGGAGACUGGCCAGCACUUUGUCCAGGACGCGGCGCCUAUGGACAUUGGUGUCACGGACCUCCCAGCGGGGAUGCAAAAUAUUGGAAACACGUGUUAUCUAAACUCCCUACUCCAGUUAUAUUUCACUAUCCGACCUCUCCGUGAUGCUGUCAUAGAUUUCAAAUCUGAGACCUUCAACGGAGAGCAGGAGCAAAAACGACAAAGAUCGGCUGAAUUUGUUCAGCAGCUUCAACGCCUCUUCACCGACCUUAUCUGGACGGACACUGCAAGCGUUGAACCUCCUAAGCGACUGGCAGAAAUUGCACUCAAUAAUGAGAACUUGUUUGGACAACAGCAAGACAUCAGUGAGUCAAUGGAUAAUAUCCUGGAUUUGCUGGAGACUGUGCUCGUACCAGCUGAAGUGCAGACCAACCUUGUCAAACGGUUAUUUUUCGGCAAGACCAAGCAAACCUUGAGAUAUUCGAAUCCCACUGGAGAGCCGAAUACAAGCUAUAAGAGCGAGGAGUUUAGUCAUCUAAUUGUUGAGGUGAAGGAAGAUCUGUACACCGCAUUGGAUGCCUACUUUGAGACGACACAGGUAGAUCUGGAAGGAAAAGAGGCGCAGAAGGAAUUGUUUAUUUUGGAAGCCCCUCCUGUCUUGACUGUGCAGAUAAGACGAGUAAAAUACGAUCGCGAAAAGAAUCAGGCCUAUAAAUCAAAUGAUUACCUGCGAUAUCAUAAGACAAUAUAUUUGGAUCGAUAUCAUGCCGAAUGUCGGGAAGGAAGAGGGAGUGAUCAUGUAUUGGGAGACCAUUCCACGAAGCUUGACGGGGACAGUGACCCAACAACGCAGGACGAUGGCGUGUCAGGAAAAGAUACGAUGCUAACCGACGAAGAAAAUGGUUUGCCGACAGAUAUUGGCGAGGUGGCUUCGUCUGCGGACAUGAAGCAGCUGGAGUACAAACUGCACGCUGUUUUCAUCCAUCUUGGCGAAGCCUCCUUCGGACAUUACUGGACAUAUAUUUACGACGAGGAGAACGACAGAUGGCUGAAGUUUGACGAUUCCGUCGUAUCCAAGGUGUCCGAAUCGGAUGUGUUUUCGGAUACAACUGGAUCAACAGCAAAUGCUUACGCCUUGAUUUAUGUGAAAGCAACAGAUGCAAAACAAAUCCUUAAUGCGUAUGCGCGCAGCCCCAAAAUGCGUGCACAUUAUUUAGAGCGAUUUUCUGGUGUUAGUUCACCGUGA